UUAGUGGGUGUGUACAUGAAAAUCUGGAAGGGUGCUUGGCCUGUUCUGAUUGAUGACUUUGUGGAGCAUAUGUACAGAAUUUCGGGAUCUAACAAAGAUUCAAACGUUUUCUGUUGCUGUGUUGAUCUGGACUCGCAGUCGUGUGCAUAUGAGGAGAGUUUGCCCGGAUUAAGUGUAUAUCCUGGGAUGAGGAGGAAAUUGCUUGAAUGCCAUGACGACGAAAUGGAGUCCUCGGAUCCACACUUCUUGAACUCGUCAGACCUGAAUUGCUCAUUGAAUACUAAGAGAAGUAGGUUGAUUGCACACAGAUCAGUUCAUAAGGAAGAUAUUCCUCCCCAGAAUUCAUCUAAUGAUUGCAUGGAAAUUGUCAAACACAGUAGUACAAUGUGUUGUUCGAAGUCUCCUUGUGCAAUUGAAGGUUGCCUAUCAAGGGGUUUCGCAGGGCUCUUAUCGAGUUGCUCGUAUUUCGCAGUUUGAUUGGGAAAGAAUUCACCAUUACAUUGAGCUUGCAUCCUAGUUAUGAUCAUUGAAAAAU